UCAUUAGUCUACACUUGCCGCUAGCGAAGUACAGACAUUGCGAAGUAUUAUUCUUUGUACACUUUAUUUUCACGGUCGGUAAUUUUCCAUAAAACAACAUAGUAUACAAUGGCAUCAGUUCCGUACAUCACAUUUAACAACGGUCAAAAAAUUCCUCAGCUUGGACUUGGAACCUGGAAUUCACCUGUCGGUCAAGUCACUCAAGCUGUAAAGGAUGCAAUUGAUAUCGGUUAUCGUCAUUUCGACUGCGCCUACGUUUACGGUAACGAAGCUGAAGUUGGUACAGGUAUCAACGCAAAAAUCACCGAAGGUGUUGUAAAGAGAGAAGAUUUGUUCAUCACCAGCAAAUUGUGGAAUACAUUCCAUCGUCCCGACUUGGUGAUCCCGUCUUUGAAGAAAACAUUGGAAAAUUUGGGCACUCCAUACUUGGAUUUGUAUUUGAUUCAUUGGCCAUUUGCCUACAAAGAAGACGGCGAUUUGUUCCCAAAAGACGAAAAUGAUAAGAUUUUGUUUUCGGAUGUCGAUUAUGUUGACACAUGGAAAGAAAUGGAGAAAGCCGUUGAACUUGGUUUGGUGAAGAGCAUUGGAAUCUCCAAUUUCAAUGCGGCACAAACAAAACGCAUUGUUGAGGCAAGCACCAUCAAACCAGUCACCAACCAAGUUGAAUGCCAUCCAUAUCUUACACAACAAAAAUUGAGCGCCUACUUGAAAAGUCUUGAUAUUGUGUUGACGGCUUACAGUCCACUUGGAUCACCAAACCGUCCAUGGGUUACAGCUGACGAUCCAGUUGUACUGGAAGAUCCAAAGGUUCUUGCCAUUGCCGCUAAAUUCAACAAAACACCAGCUCAAAUUUUGAUUCGCUACCAAAUUCAACGUGGUCAUGUUGUCAUUCCAAAAUCUGUAACCAAAGAGCGCAUUGCAACCAACUUCAAUGUUUUCGAUUUUGAAUUGAGCGACGCAGACAUUGCCGAAAUCAACACCUUCGAAUGUAAUGGUCGCAUCUGUCCAAUGGCCGGUGCACUCGAUCACCCACUUCACCCAUUCAAUGGAACGGAUUACUAAGAUGCAACAAAUGAAGCUGUGUAAUAAAUGCAUUAAAAUCAAUUUAACAUAGAUUGUUCUUAGAACAUGUAAAACAUUUAUAACCAAAACAUAAAAUUCUCACCAAAUAAAAGCAAGCAAAAACAAAUAAAGAAACAAAAAAACCAAA